AUGGACGAUCAGCAACCACUGCUUCUUCCUGGACAGCCAUUUCCACCAUUGCCAAAGGGCGAGUUUGUCUUGGGAGAUGGCGCCUAUGGCCGUGAGGGAUACGUAGUCUCGGACCGCAUUGGCCAUGGAACUGAGACAAAGCUUGGCACGCAGACAAUCGUAAAGGUUGUUGGUACACAGCCCCCGCUCGCGCUGCCCAAGGCAGGCAGUACGGUGCUGGGUCGUGUGACGCGGGUGAAUCCGCGCCAGGCGACAGUAUCGAUCCUCGUGGUUGAUGGCCUGCCGUGUGGUGGUGCACAGGCCACGAGAGUCGGCGCUUCGAACAACAAGGCGGCCGGUGAAGGGAUCGAUGGUAGCGACUUUCAAGGCAUUAUCCGUGCACAAGAUGUACGCAGCACAGAAAAAGACGCCGUCGUCUUGGCAGAGUGUUUCCGACCAGGCGACAUUGUGCGUGCGACGGUGAUUUCAUUGGGGGAUGCCCGUUCCUAUUACCUAUCGACGGCACAAAACGAGUUGGGCGUCGUACAUGCGACAACGCGAGGACCCUCGCAGUAUGGAUGGACAGCGGCAAAGCAUGUGCUGCAGCCAAUGUCGUGGCGCGAGAUGGCAGAUCCCGUGACAGGCCAUGUCGAACCGCGUAAGUGUGCUAAGCCAGACUGGCUUGCGUAA